AAAUAUAGUAAAACACGGACACAGAAUGAGCGGCAACGAAGAAGGUGAUGGAGAGUACGAAGAUGGCCCCAAAGAUACAAUUGAAGUUCGGGGACCAGAGAAUCUAAUAAACCGAUAUAAGUUAGACCUUUUGCAACUUUACUUUGAGAGUCAAAAGGAUAUGAAUGGAAGUAUUACACACAUCUCGUUUGAUGCUGCUAAUGCUGUUGUUGUAAUAAAGUUUGACUCCGAACAAGUGGCACAAAGGAUAACUGAAUGCCCGAACCAUGUUUUAAAAGGUGAAAGUCUUAACGUAAAACUACGACAAAACCCAAACAUUCAUUCAAGAUUGGCACAAACCACACAUGCAGCCUCGAUAGUUCGUGUACGCGGACUGAAAAUGAUUCAAGCAAAGGAAAUAGUAGAGUAUUACUUUGAAAACAGAAGACGUUCGGGUGGAGGACCAAUUAAAUCUUUUGUUCCUGUAGAAUCAGAUGGUGAUAGUUACGACAUAACGUUUGAAAACACAAAAGAUGCAAAAUCAGUAGUAGAAAGGCGUCACGUUAUAAACGGAUUAUCAGUUGGUGUAACACUACUUCAUAAAGAUAGUGAAACUCAAUUCUACCGAGACAGAUUUCUGAUCAAAGGAUUACAGGAAAACAUAUCCGACGAAUUUCUAUUGUACUUCAUAAAAGCAGUGACUGGAAUGAAACCAAAGUUUCUUGCAUUUCAUAAAACAGAAAAAGAUGUUGUUCUCGUCAUUAUGAAAUACGAUCUUGAUAUUGCACAGUUAAUUGAGCACUGGAAAGAUGAAACACUUGAGGGCGCCAAAAUCCAAAUAUAUGAAGUAGAGGUGUCAAAUGUAAUUCAUGUCAGUAACCUACCUGAAAAUAUCCACAGUGAUACAAUACUUCUCUACUUUGAAAACAAAAGAAAAAGCAAAGGGGGCACUGUUAAAAAUGUCAUUCGGUUGGAUAAAGCAUCGUGUCUUGUGUACUUUGAGGAUUAUAAAGUGACUGAAAGUGUGUUUGGUCAUGCCCAUGUUUUUCAAAGUAGAGAUUUAACUGUUCGAAAAUAUUUCAAAUGUGUUGCACAAACCGAAGAUGAAGCCUUCAGCACAAAUAUUCCACAAGCAGUUGUUAUUCCUGAUUUAGACAUUCGAGUACUUAGGUUUAUGCAACAAAAUGAAAAAUUUAAGCAAAUUGUUGAACAAGAAUUACUUAGUCACCACGCUCAAAUUGAUUGGCCAAAGAAAGGAUCGGAUAGUUGCGAAGUCAGUAUUAACUGCAUCGUUGACGAGUCAAAAGUUUUGUCCAAUAGAGUUAUCUUAAGAUGGGAAAAGAAAAUAAGGGAAGUUUUCAAAUUCUUGAUGGACAAGAUUUAUGUCCAUUGUAUAACCUUAAUCGGUGAAUAUAAUUUGGAUGAUUCAUGUGUUGAAUGCACUGCAGAAAAUAAAGAAAACAUGCUUGUUCUUUUGGACAAAGGAAAAUCUAUGAUAACUUUCGUGGGCACAUCUCCAAGGCUAGUUUCCACCUUACGUUCCGAGGAUAACUUCUCAGGGGAUGCCGAGGAGGAGUUUAAACUGGAGAAAUUGUUUCUUGCACAUGCAGUUGAAUUUAAAAUGUUGAGAUCACUGGGGUAUAGAGAGAAAAUAGCAACGGAAGUGCCACACAUUUGUAUAAAGGAGAGUAAGGAUGAUUUAGCUGUUGAAUUAGAAGGGCAUCUGUUUGAUGUAAGGAAAGCAAAACUAAUAAUGCUUGAUAUAAAGAACGAGUUUAAAACUGUAUUUUUCUACCCAUUAUCAGCAUUAUCGUCGAAUUUGUACUCAAAAUUGCCGAUAGUCGAUUUUGUAAACAAAAGGCUACAGUAUGCUGGUCUUGAUUGCAUCUGGAGUGUUUCUCAUACAAAAUUAAUCAUAUGUUGCCAUAACAAGUAUGAUUCUGAAAUAUGCAUGGAUGUUAUUAAAGCAUCAGUCAUCGAUGAUGUCAUUCAUCAGCACACAAAUAAAGUUGAUAGCUGUGACAUGCGUCUUGUAGAAAAAAAGAUGAAUGAAAUCGAGGAAAAGUACCAAGGAAAAGUUGCUAUAUCGUUAACAGUAGAUAACGAGAUUCAUCUCUGUUCAACGAAAGACAUACGGGAGGUCAUUCUGGAAGAGUUUAGGGCAAUCAUACAAAAGCAGAAGGAGACAAAUGCAUAUCGUUCUAAAG